AUGAAUUUCUUACAGCAGUACGAUCGUUCGGUGUAUAAAUAUCUCCAUAACAAUCUUUUUUGGUGGACCAGAGUUUAUCCUACAGCUCGUAUAUUCUACUCGUUUAUCAGCAAAUGGCCAAGAACGGAAAAAACUUGGUUCCAAAUAGGAGAGGAGCACGUCAAUUUCAUCACUAAGUACCACCGUUCUGGUAACACGAAUGAAACCUGCCAGAUGCUCAGUGAGCGUACUAAGUUUGUCUGUCAAGCUUACACAUAUACAUGGACGGGUAUUUGGCUCUACUGCGCAUUCGUUCUUCCAAAUGGUUAA